AUGUCUCUGCUGCACGCCGCGCUGGCAUCCAAUCGGCCUUUGUCAGCUGCGUACCGCAGUACAGCUUCGACCAGCAGGAUACUGAAUGCAACGAGAUGUAUCGCUUCAUCAAGCCGGAUUCUUGCUCAAGUUCAGCAGGAGAAACCGCCCCAAGAUCAUGAUCAGCCUGUACCAAAAGAAGGAUUAACGGAAGAGAGACCACAGAAGCUCGGCAAGCGAGCUCGCAGAGCCCUCAGAGCGAAGCAACGGCAGGAGGAUGAACGACCAGCGAAGGAGACUAGAGCCAAGGCCAAGGCUGAAGCGAGAGCCAACGAUACCGCUACUUCAACGAAAAAUCUACAACUUCCGUCAGGUCUCGAUGCUCCCUCAAUACUUAAAGUCAAGCACGUACUGAACGCAGCAGACGGUCGACCCUCACCUCAGCAAAUAGAGCUGAACGGCUGGCGAAAGUCACAAGCACAAUCAGGAGAUGAAUCAAACCCAAACGUCAGCUGGUGCGGGUCUCUCUUCCGCAGUCACAUCUCCCUCCUAACUGGCUUCUGUACGGCACCCGAUACUCGGCCCAUCAACGAUGUUGUCCCCGCCAACACUUCCGCAUCUGCCACCGCCAACACUUCCGCAUCUGCCACCGCCAACACUUCCGCAUCUGCCACCGCCAACACUUCCGCAUCUGCCACCGACAACACUUCCGCAUCUGCCACCGACAACACUUCCGCAUCUGCCACCGACAACACUCCGACCCCCGAAUCCACCAAAACAACAACGAAAGACGACCUGCCACGGAUCAAAAGCAUUACGUCACCAACAAUGACCAAGUUUGAACGAAUGGAGACUCAAGCACGAGUCAUCUUCCAAGCCAUCCGUGAAGCUCGUGAGCGAGGCAUUGUGGAUGAGGACGAAUCAUUCUUCUACCCGUACCCUGAAGGUGUGCCGCCGAAGGAUAUCGAUGGGAAAGAUGCGGUCUGGUUGUACCUGGGAUCCAAUCCAGAGGCAUGGGGGAGAGAAUUGCCGCCUGUGAAAGAUAGGUGGCUGGAAGUGCUGUCAUUGGGCCUGGCAAAGGAGAUUUCUGUUCGUCCUCACAGCUCUGCCGCGAAUGAGGAGGGAGAAAGUGAGGAGGGAGAAAGAGAGGAGGAAGAAAGAGAGGAGGGAGACUAUGCGAUUGCGUUCGACGAUCUGGUCGAAGACUUCGACUUGGAAGAUCACGAGAGACUGGAGCAGCUGGGAGAUAGUAUUGUCAACAUGUCUUCUCGUCUCCUGGCCUAUUUGUCGUAUCCUGAUGUCAACGAGGGAUCGCUGACAAGACUAUCGAACUACCCGACACAGAACAACAUCCUCGCUCUGUUGUUCCAGGAAUGCGGACUUGCAGCAAGACGUGACGAGCUCAGAAGGGAGCUCAGAAAGGCUCGAAAAGGCGAAGAUCCCGAAACAGAAAUCAGCAGCAGCAGCAAGGGAGAAGACAAAGCCGAUGCUGACGAAGAGAAAGCGCGCCUGCCGCUACUCAUCAAACGUGAUGCAGAUAUGUUCGAAGCCUACGCAGCCGCCGUCUUCCUUUCUCACGGGAACAACCUCAACGUAGUUCAUGAAUGGCUCUGUGGGCUGUUCAGGCCAUUCCAGGAUCAGGCAUAUCGAUUCAUGGUACAACGCAGCGAAGCUUUAGCGCGCUUGCAUGCAAACCAGGCUGCAGCUGCAGCUGCCGCCGCCACUAGCACGAACUUAGCAGCGGAUGGGCUGGGGAUCAGAAGUUCCUCUGUUGACCCUUCUUCUGUACCCUUCUCUUCGCUGUUUCCUGACUUUGCGAGAGGGUCGGAGAAGGCUUUUGUCGCCCCGAAUCCUACUCAUGCAUUGAACGGAAUCGGUGGAGGAGCUUUCGUCACAGACGAGUUCCUCACUGUUGCAGCACGUGCAAGGAGACAGAGAGAGGAAAGGAUGAGGGAGGAAUUGAGGAAGGCGGAUAGAGAAGAGUUGAUGAAUAUGGGCUGGUUCAGGAAAGGGUUCCUGUUCUUGAGGCAAGGUUUUAGACAGUAUGUGAUGGGCAAAGAUCUGGCGAGAGAGGAAGAAUUGAGUAUUAGGGAGAGGGUGAGGGAACAGAAAAGAUUGAGUGAGAAGGAUAGAGAGCGGAAUCGGGCGAAGGAGAGGAAUCAAGCAGGGGUCAGUAUUAGGAGUACGGGGAGUAAGAUGAAGAUGAAAAUUAACGGAGAAGCUGAGUAG